AGGCCAUUUUUAGCCCUUGGCGUGUCAGACGCUCGUUGGCGCGCGCGAGCAGUGUGGGUGCAAUAAUUGAAUAACAUGGAUUUCUAAAUUUAUUUUGCGACGCUCGCGCAUGCGACGUGUCCGGCCUGGUCAGCAAAUGCCAAAUCGCAGACAUCCAAUGUCCCACAAUCCUUCUCACCGCCGAAGGUGACAGCAGACAGUUUAAAAAUUAUAGUGACAGGGGACAUAAAAAAUGGCCACUGCUUACCUUACUCACAAUCAAAAAGUCUUGAGGCACUUAAAAUCAUGGUGUAUUUUUAGAGAUAAAAAACGCUUCUACGCGAGAUUGUGAAGGGCACGCUUCGACAAGGCCAGGGAUGAGAAGGACAUGGUCAAAGCCACUAUGACAGGAGAGAAGGAAAUCUGGUCUAACCAACACCCGCAGCCUUACCUCUUCCCUGACUCUCCAGGAGGAACUUCCUAUGAAAGAUAUGAAAUGUACAAGGUCCCUGAAUGGUGUCUAGAUCACUGGCAUCCCUCAGACGGCCAUGUAUCCUACUUUGCCAAGAGGGAGCAGUGGAAGAACCUGCGAGAACAGAGCUGGGACAGAGAGGUCCAGGAGCUGCAGGGAGUGACCCCUGCCAUUGCGCCCAAGUCGGAGGCCCUACCCCCAGUCCGCAAGAACUGCGACCUGCCCCCUCUGUGGUGGCAGUACGUCACCUGCCCCAGGGAGCGCCCCGUCUUUGAGCCCCCGGAUGACACUACCUGGUGAUAACAGCACAUGGCAGCUCACCACAGUACCUUCUACCACACAACAGAAUGCAGAUUCACCUCCUUGUGAAUUACUGUCCCUCUGUAAAGAUAUUGAUAUAAUGGAAUAGUUUUGGAAGAGGUUGCAGUAAGCUUUGUCAAAAGGUAUUCCACCCUGCCUGAAUUGACAGUAAUUAUUUGGUUGUAUAAGCAGGUGACUUUCAAAUGUACUGUAGCUGUUAUUUUCCCUGUACAAGGACAUCUGUUUAAAUAAAUUAGUAUAAUUAUUGGGAAA